AUGGCUCCCAGCCGAACAGCCUGGACCUUCUUGGCCCCCAGAGCCAACCUGCUCAAGAUUCCACUUAGAGCAACUCUUACACCAAAAAGAUGCCAAAGGAGUUGUGUAUCUUCAAGUCGACAUCAAUCUCCCCAUGGUAUUAUGCCUCAUAGAGCUAUGAGUACAACGCCAGUCACGGCCGCCAAGGAACCACUGCCUCUGGAAGGCAUCACAGUCGUCAGCCUCGAGCAUGCCAUCGCAGCGCCCUUUUGCACUCGCCAACUCGCAGACAUGGGUGCCCGUGUCAUCAAAAUUGAGCGCCCCGGUGUUGGGGAUUUUGCUCGGGCAUACGACACUCGUGUCAACGGCAUGGCAUCCCACUUUGUGUGGACCAACCGGUCUAAAGAAAGCCUUGCGCUGGACCUCAAGGACCCCAAACAUUUUGAUGUUCUCAAGCGACUCCUUGCAAAGUCGGACGUGCUAGUCCAGAAUCUCGCACCCGGCGCAACGGAGAGACUGGGCCUCGGAUACUCUACCCUCAAAGAAUCGCACCCGUCACUUAUCGUCUGUGACAUCUCAGGAUACGGCUCAGACGGUCCAUACAGAGACAAGAAGGCAUAUGACCUACUUGUCCAGAGUGAAGCGGGUUUUCUAUCUGUCACGGGCAACGGACCCCAGCCAGCAAAAGCAGGCAUCUCCAUCGCCGACAUCUCGGCGGGAAUGUAUGCUUACUCCAACAUUCUUGCCGCCAUUAUCAAGCGUGGCAAGACUGGCAAAGGAACAAGGAUAGAUAUAUCGAUGCUGGAGAGCAUGACCGAGUGGAUGACCUUCCCCCUGUACUACACUUAUAAUGGGGCCCCGGGACUCGCCCGAUCUGGUGCUUCCCAUGCCUCGAUCUAUCCCUACGGCCCUUUUGAGACUGGAGGGGGAGGGACUGUGAUGCUUGGCGUGCAGAAUGAGAGGGAGUGGGCAAAUCUUUGCCGUGAUGUUCUUGGCGAUGAGGCGCUUGCCAAGGACCCCAGAUUUAUGAACAACACACUUAGGACACAGAACCGUGAAGAGUUGAGGAAGAUCAUCUGUGAUGUGUUUUCCAAGUUCUCUCCUGAGGAGCUCCUGAAGAAGUUGGACGCUGCUUCGAUUGCAAACGCCAAGGUGAAUGAUAUGCAGGGCGUAUGGGAUCAUCCGCAACUAAGGGCGAGGGGGCGAUGGACGGAUGUUGAGACGCCGAAUGGGACAAUUCCGGCGCUCAUUCCACCGGGAUUUGGGAACGUCGAGGCUUCUCGGAUGGACAAGGUCCCCGACCUGGGGGAGCACAAUGAAACCAUCUUUAGAGAGUUGGGGGUUGAACCAUAA